CCCCGCACCCCGCAGCCCUUGAGGAGGAGGACUCUGGCUCGGACUUCACAGCCCAGGUAGGGCACCACUCUCGGGGGCUCCUGGAGCAUUAGGGAACUUCGAAAACAAAAGCUCUCUGUGGCACUGAGCCCGGAGUCCCCAUGGCCUCGCUGAGCAGAGCCCUUCGUGUGGCCACCACCUGCUCUCGCCGGGCCCUGGGGCCACGUGCGCUGGCCAGCCGAGCCGGCCCCACCACUGAGAAGAGCGUGCCGUACCAGCGGACCCUGAAAGAGGCCCAGGGCCCCACGGCGGUGGCCCAGGGCCCAAGCCGCCCCCUGCCCAGCACAGCCAAUGUGGUGGUCAUCGGUGGGGGCAGCCUGGGCUGCCAGACCCUGUACCACCUGGCCAAGCUGGGUGUGAGCGGGGCGGUGCUGCUGGAGCGGGAGAGGCUGACCUCCGGGACCACCUGGCACACGGCAGGCCUGCUGUGGCAGCUGAGGCCCAGCGACGUGGAGGUGGAGCUUCUGGCCCACACGAGGCGCGUGGUGAGCCGUGACCUGGAGGAGGAGACGGGGCUGCACACGGGCUGGAUCCAGAAUGGGGGCCUGUUCGUAGCAUCCAACCGGCAGCGUCUGGACGAGUACAAGAGGCUCAUGUCGCUGGGCAAGGCCUAUGGUGUGGAGUCACACGUGCUGAGUCCAGCAGAGACCAAGGCGCUGUAUCCCCUGAUGAACGUGGACGACCUGUACGGGACCCUGUACGUGCCCCAGGACGGAACCAUGGACCCCGCGGGCACCUGCACCGCCCUCAGCAGGGCUGCUGCUGCUCAGGGGGCACAGGUCAUCGAGAACUGCCCAGUGAGUGGCAUCCGCGUGCGGACGGACGACUUCGGGGUGCGCCGUGUGGCCGCUGUGGAGACAGCACACGGCUCCAUCCAGACGCCCUGUGUGGUCAACUGCGCAGGCGUGUGGGCCAGUGCCGUGGGGCGGAUGGCUGGAGUCAAGGUCCCGCUGGUGGCCAUGCACCACGCCUACGUCGUCACCGAGCGCAUCGAGGGCAUCCAGCGUUCAGUUACCGAGAACUUCCUACGCGCUCCUUCCAACGACCCCUCAUUGCAGACAUUCUUAUUCCAGUUCUACAGAGGAGCUGGACAGCUAGGACACUCGGGGGGGGGGGGCAUCUGCCAAGUUAUCCCUUUUGAGGAGGCACAUCUCAGAGCUCUCACAGCAUCCCUCCUCCGUGGAACUUUACAGAUCAAGAAGGAGUGUCUGGCCUGCAGAGGGGCUGCUGCUGUGUUCAACAUGUCCUACUUUGGGAAGUUCUACUUGGUGGGCUUGGAUGCGAGGAAGGCUGCCGACUGGCUGUUCUCUGCUGAUGUCAACCGACCCCCGGGCUCCACGGUGUACACCUGCAUGCUGAACCACAGGGGCGGCACCGAGAGUGACCUAACCGUCAGCCGCCUGGCCCCCAGCUCCCAGGCCUCCGCCCUGGCCCCUGCCUUUGAAGGGGACGGCUACUACCUGGCAGUGGGCGGGGCCGUGGCCCAGCACAACUGGGCCCACAUCCGCACGGUGCUGCAGGACCAGAGAUUCCGGUGCCAGCUCAUCGACGGCUCCGAGGACCUGGGCCUGAUCAGCAUCCAGGGCCCAGCCAGCCGGGCCAUUCUGCAGGAGGUGCUUGACGCAGACCUGAGCAACGAGGCUUUUCCGUUUUCCACCCACAAGCUGGUGAGAGCCGCCGGGCACCUGGUGCGGGCCAUGAGGCUCUCCUUCGUCGGGGAGCUGGGCUGGGAGUUGCAUGUGCCCAGGCCAGCCUGCGUGCCCGUGUACCAGGCUGUGAUGACCACGGGUGCCAAGCAUGGCCUCGUCAACGCCGGGUACCGGGCCAUUGACUCCCUGAGCAUCGAGAAAGGCUACCGGCACUGGCACGCAGACCUGCGCCCCGACGACAGUCCCCUGGAGGCAGGCUUGGCCUUCACCUGCAAGCUCAAGUCGGCCGUGCCCUUCCUGGGGCGGGCGGCCCUGGAGCAGCAGCGGGCUGAGGGCCUCCGCCGACGCCUGCUGUGCCUGACGGUGGAUGAAAAGGUGCCCAUGUUCGGCCUGGAGGCCAUCUGGAGAAAUGGCCAAGUGGUGGGCCACAUCCGGAGGGCUGACUUUGGGUUCGCCAUUGACAAGACCAUCGCUUACGGCUACAUCCGGGACCCCAGCGGGGGGCCGGUCUCGCUGGACUUUGUGAAGAGCGGGGAGUAUGCUGUGGAGCGGAUGGGGGCGACCUGCCCUGCCCGGGCUCACCUCAAGUCCCCCUUCGACCCCGACAACAAGAGGGUGAAGGGGAUCUACUGAUGUCCGCACGGGCGGAGCCUCUGCCGAGCGGGAGGCUGAGACCUGCUCCGUCCUUGUGACUGCGAUGCGGUUCCUGUCCUUGACUUUCUUGUCCCGUGGUCCUGGGGGAGGACCUCGUACAGGGUCUUAAGUGACCCCUCAGUCCUUCUC